UUAUAAUACGCACAUAUGUACAUUUCAAGUUGACAACCGCUCGGAUGCCUCUUUUAACAAAAGUUUUAAUUCAACACUAUGACCAAUAUAAACCGAACAACUGACAUGGUAUUUUGAAAAAAUUUCGUUCCUAGGAAAACAACCAACCAACGUUGUUAAGUUAGUUAGCCAACAGGUUCCAUAACGUACAAUAUGAAAAAAUAUUACAGAGGGUGGGAAACAUUAAGCGCAGACUUGAAAAUUGUUUUGAAUAUUCCGCUGUUUGAAGUAGAGCAAGAAACUUACCUUUAUGAUCCAAACAUUUUGCUGAAACUAAACUUCCAUCAAAGUCCGGCCAAAUUCGAACCAUUCAUAUCAGCAGCAUAUCCAGGUGAAAAUUGGCUUAAGGUACGACCACUUAAAGAUGGUGACUACGACCGGGGAUUUCUGCAACUGCUUUCACAACUGACCGAAGUGGGUCAUGUUACGCGGACACAAUUUUUAACAAGAUUCUCUCAGAUGAAAGCCAGUGGCGAUUACUAUGUCACAGUAAUCGAGGAUACUAGAAAAAAUGAAAUAAUCGGGGCUGCUUCCUUAAUUGUCGAACGAAAAUUCAUACACAAUUGCGCAAUUCGUGGACGUUUGGAGGACGUUGUUGUAAAUGACAAUUACCGCGGCAAGCAAUUGGGUAAACUUAUUGUGGUAACUGUCAGUCUAUUGGCUCAACACAUCGGCUGUUAUAAAAUGUCGCUAGAUUGCAAGGAUAAGCUAAUUAAAUUCUACGAGUCUCUUGGCUAUGCUCUUAUUCCCGGCAAUGCUAAUUCCAUGACAAUACGAUACGAUGAGGAACCGUUUACAGUGCGAUAUAACAACACUAUGCUAGAUGUUAGCGAUGCUAACACCGUCAGCCAAACUGUGAGCCUCGAUUUUUCUUCUUGACAAUUAGCCGCCAGUACCGCUCUUAAAUCGAAAUUGUAAUUUCUUACAACAUUUAGCAUAAAAGAAAAAUAAUAAACUGUUGUAACAUCAUUAGACGUAGUGAUUCCUAAUAAUAGCCGAAAACAAUAAUUUGAAGAUAGAAAACAGCUAUAGCAAAUUGAUAGGCAUCAAAUUGUAAGGAUUUCAAAUACUGAUUGUUUUCGGCUAACCAUUAAUAUGGAUAUAUAUGUUUCACAGUUUUUAUUUUCUUUUUUGUUGUGAGCAUUAAAAAUUUCUGAUUUAUUGCAAAGCGCUCCGCAAAUGAAGGAAAUAUUGUAAGCAUUUUUGAAGCGCUUUGACAGCGGUGCUGGUAGACGGUGGUGCCUUGCAACUGAUGUUUUAUACAUACUUAUAUAAAUAAAAGCAUCAGAAAAGGCAUACAUUAGAAAAGUAAA